AUGAUGCAAAAGUCCACGCGAGAGUUGAAGACCGGUUGGUCUAUGAAGCAGGCGGAUGACAUUUCUGAUGAGUGUUGGCUUCCUGUGAAAAGGGUUCCCAGCCAAGUCCACAUUGAUCUCAUUGCCAACGAAAAAAUUCCCGAUCCUUUUGUAGAUGCGAAUGAACUCGCGGUACAAUGGAUCGCUGAGAAGGACUGGGUGUACCGCACCGAGUUCACGGCACCGUCUUGCGAAGGUACCACAACGGACUUGGUGUUCCUCGGGCUGGAUACCUUCGCUACUGUGGUUCUAAAUGGAACCACAAUCUUGGAGUCAGAAAAUAUGCAUACUUCACAUAGGGUGCAUAUCUCCGAGUUUCUUCGUCCGGGCCAAGAGAAUGAGCUCCAAAUUUUGUUUCAAUCCGCACUCCUCCGUGGGCGAGAGCUAGUCGAUCAGCACCCAGAGCACGUUUUUCACGUUCGUCAGACUGAAGCAAGCCGUAUCCCUGUGCGUAAAGCGCAGUAUAACUGGGGCUGGGACUGGGGUCCCAUCUUGAUGACUGCGGGACCUUGGCGCCCGGUUGUACUUGAGCAAUACACUGCCAGGAUCGAUGAUGUAUGGACACAGUACGAAAUAUCUGCAGACAACAAAACUUGCUCUGGAAACUUGUACGCGAGAGUUGGGGCGGGUGCACAGGGGGGCGACACUGUCAUUUUGUCACUGUUUGACCAUGACAAGGCGAUCUUCCAGCAGAAAUGUCACAUUGGACCUGAUGGAUUGGCAAAAGCCGCCUUUCAGCUUGAUUCUCCUUCACUGUGGUACCCGCACGGUUAUGGAUUGCAGUCCCGCUACCGACUGUCCGCAGACCUCAUGCGUGGGGAUACCAAACUAGACGAGCAAAUCAACCUUGUUGGUUUCCGCCAGUGUCAACUAGUGCAAGAAAAAGACGAGUUCGGCAAGUCUUUCUACUUCCGGAUCAACGGUGUCGAUAUAUUUGCUGGUGGGUCGUGCUGGAUCCCUGCCGACAGCUAUCUUGCACAAAUGUCCAAGGAUCGUUAUCUGGACUGGAUGAAACUCAUGGUAGAGUCCAAUCAAAUAAUGAUUCGUGUGUGGGGCGGUGGAAUCUAUGAGGAUGAUGCCUUCAUGGAAGCAUGCGAUACAUUAGGAAUCUUGGUAUGGCAUGACUUUGCCUUUGUCUGCGCCAGCUACCCAGCCUACCCCUCCUUCCUUAAAUCCAUCGAGGAAGAGGCACGACAAAACAUUAGGCGACUGAGAUCUCGCCCAUCUCUGGUAAUCUGGGCUGGAAACAACGAGGACUAUCAGGUCCAGGAGAGGUAUAAGCUUGAAUAUAACCAGGACGACACCAACCCGGAGUCCUGGCGACAGUCGACAUUCCCAGCGCGGUAUAUCUAUGAGCAUUUGCUGCCAAAAUGGGUACAAGAAGAGGAUCCGUCCAGCAUCUAUCACCCUGGAAGCCCUUGGGGCGAUGGCAAACACACAACUGACCCAACAGUGGGCGAUAUUCACCAGUGGAACAUCUGGCACGGCGAAAUGAGCAGAUAUCAAGAUUCUGCUGAGCUUGUCGGGCGUUUCGUGAGCGAGUUUGGAAUGGAAGCCUACCCUCACGUCGAGUCCCUUCGCCGGGUCAUCACCGACCCACAGCAACAACACCCUGGCUCAAUGAUGAUGGACUUCCGAAACAAAGCUGGUGAUCAUGAGCGCCGCUUGAUGACGUAUGUUAUCGAGAACUUCAUUGUGCCAUCCGAUCUCAGAUCCUUCACCCACAUCACCCAGGUCCUCCAAGCUGAAACGAUGCGCUAUGCAUACAAGGCCUGGAGGCGGAGGUGGGGACGACCGGGAGCUCGAGGAUGCGGUGGUGUGCUUGUGUGGCAGUUGAAUGAUUGUUGGCCAACCAUGUCGUGGGCCGUUGUCGAUUACUACUUGGUCAAGAAGCCUGCAUUCUACGCCAUAUCUCGAGCUUUGAGACCACUGGACGUGGGUAUAUCUCGUAGCUGCCCAGUGUGGACCUCAGGUCAUGCCGAUCCAAUGUCUACCAACUCAUGCAAGUUCGACUUAUGGAUUGCGAGUAGCUGCCAGGAGGCAGUUGAGGUUGAGGUCAAAGUCAAGUUCAUUUCCAUACGGUCGGGUAACCUGGUCAAUGACACUGUCAAUAUCACGACACUGGCAAACCCGAAUGCCACAACAGAGAUUCUCCCAAAUCAAUACGUGAAGGUGUCCACGACUUGUGACAGUGCGGACUACAAGAAUUUAGAUCCGUUCAUCAUCCACGCAGAGUUAUAUAUUCGGGGACUGGUUGUGGCAACUGACACGGCUUGGCCGCAGCCCUUGAAGUAUCUAGACUUUUCAAACCGGAAUGUCAGGGUUGAAGCCUCACCAUCUCAAGACGAGAUCACUGUGUCGGCGGAUCUCCCGGUCAAAGGGUUUGUGUUUGAGGAGAGGGAAGGCUUGAAGCUAAGCGACAACGGAUUCGAUCUUGUACCCGGGGAAAAGAAAACCAUCACUGUGAGUGGAAAUGGCGCAAAAGCCACGGAGCUCCCGUGGACAUAUAUUGGUGCAAAGCCACAUCAUCUGGGAAGAAAUCUUAAACUAUGAGCAAUAUUCAAGGUUCACAUUAGAUAAACUAUUGCAUGUUAUAUGGCACAUGCCGCCGUAC